AAUUGCAGACUUUUUACUCUGAUUCAGACUUUUUUCAGAGUUUUUUUGGGGGUGUACUCUGAUUGGGAAGACUUUUUUUUGUACCUUACUCUGAUUUUUCAGAGAAGAUUUAUGUACCUACGCUGAUUUUUCAGACUUUUUUUACUCCUCUCCCACUCCUCUCCCACUCCUCUCCCACUCCUCCUCCACUGCUUCCCUUGCUUGCACCUCCAUCUUCAAACCUUCUCCCUGCCUCUCUUCCUCGUCAUUUCCCCCCACUUCCUUCCCCACUAUCCUCCCGCCACCCCCUUCACUCUCGCUUCCCUUCCCCUCCCCCCUCUCUCUCCCCCUCCCUAGUCAUCGACAGCGUGCUGUCUCUUCUUCCUCAUCGACUCUCUCACAAUGGGCAUGUGUGGCUUUGCCUACUCCUGUGGGUACCGCACGCGGCUGCGGCACAAGUAUGAUCUGCCCGAGUCGCCCUGCGGCGACUGCCUGACGCACCUGUGCUGCCUGCCGUGCGCGCUGUGCCAGGAGAACCGCGAGCUCAAGAACCGCGGCUGGGACCCCAAGCUCGGCUUUGCGUCCAAUGUGCGUAUCUUCAGGGCGCGAGGGCAGGAGCCCCCUCCCCAGGCCAUGAGGCGGUAAAGCAAGGGGAGGCGAGGGGGGUCGAGGGGGGGCGAGGUGGGGCGAGAGGGGGCGAGGGGGGGCAAGGGGGGGCAAGGGGGGGCAAGAAUCGGCAAGAGCGGGAAAGGGGGGGCAAGGGGCCACAAGGGGAGACGCUUGAAGAAGACACCUGAAGAGUCGCAUGCUUAACGGGCGCUUUGAGAGACACUGCUCACACGGCUGGAGGGGGGGGCUGCUGUGCUGACGUGCCUGGUGCAGGGGGGGGGUUGGGGGGGGUGGGGGAUGGCUGUGCGUGUGAAAUGUGCAAUCUGUUAGCUCUGUGUUACAGCGUUGAGCGAUGCAAUAGUUGCUUUGUGGGGCGCGGGCUUUAUAGGUACCAGGCCGCUGCAUGUGGUCAGGUCAGUGUGUUCAUCAAUGUGUGCUGGUUCUGGUGCUGGUAGUACUGGUGCUUCUACGGUAGUAGGUCCUCUUGUUUGUUUACGGGUGUUGGGGUGGUCUGGGUGGUGGGUGGGUGGUGGUCUGGGUCUGGGAGUGAUCUGACUCAGGGCCUCAGAUAUCUGAAUUCCUGAUUUUCAGUGUUGGAAAUAUCUCAAGGACUUCAGCACUUUUUACUCUGAUUCAGACUUUUUUCAGAGUUUUUUUGGGGGUGUACUCUGAUUGGGAAGACUUUUUUUUGUACCUUACUCUGAUUUUUCAGAGAAGAUUUAUGUACCUACGCUGAUUUUUCAGACUUUUUU